UUUUGCUGCUACAGGCGACUUGCUCUGUUAUGACCAGCAGCUUUAAUGUUACCUAACAUGAACAAUGUGUAGAUUCCAGAUGUUACUAUGAAACUACCUCUACUGUCAGUUUGCUGACUCCUCAAAUCUUGUGCAACUGUUACAUAAUGUUUUAACACUAAAUUUGAGCAUUCAGCACCUCUACUUUAGUGUUCAGUGUGUCUUUCAAUACCUCACUAGGUACCCCACAGAUGGAAAUCAGUCUAACUCAGGUUAACAGUUUUUUUUCUGUUGAGAGAAGUUCCUUAAAACAUAAAAACCAAACUAAACUAAAUCAUGUAAUUCUCACUUUUAGUUGCCAUAAAAGCUGCUAUUCAGCAAGAGUUACACAUUAAAAACGUUCAAUGAGAGGAAGACGAGGGAGUUAAAACUAGUUGAUUUGGUGGCUUAUAAUAAACGAUUUUAAGGUUAUUGUAAUAUCUUAUUAAUAUUUGUAUUGAGAGCAUUCAUAGGGACUUUAUGUGCCUAUAACUAUAUCCGUCAUCCUUGGCUUGCAGCCAUGUUUAGUUUGGUGUCUAAAUAAUAUUGACUAAGCACUUGUUGGUGUUUUGAUAUAACACAGAGGUAAAAACUUCCGACCUGUCUGGCCUGUUGAAAAAGAGAGAAAAAAAACCCUUUAUGGUAAUGAGCAGCAGGUCUUUUCCAUUCCUCCAUCCAUUAAAUCUUCUGUCUGUAACCCGUUAAUGUGGCGCCCCCAUGUGGGGCUGCAAACUUUUAUCCCUGCGGGCUGCAGCUGCCACACCAGCCUGUAAACUAAGGAUUUCACACAUAAAAGAUUGUACAACUGUAAUAGCGCCCCGUUGUUCUCUGUGUGGAUGGUGGCUACAAAGGAGGCUGGCAGCGGCGCACAAGUCCCGCCUGUAUUUCCCCCUGGAAGAGUCUCAGUAUCGGCGCUCCCGACUGGGGAUUGGAGCGGCGGCUUGUCAGUAAAUUAGCCCACCCUUCACACAGUGUGCAUGAGGGAAACCGAGCCAGACAGUGACGGAUCUGAUCUCCCCCCACCCCCUUCCAAGUCAUCAGCUGCCUGUCACACCAGCACGCCACAAUACCGACCCGGAGCCAUCCGCCGCGCUGUGACACCUGGCAGGGAUGGAGGGAGAGAUGCAGCCCGCAGACGAAGGGCCCUGCGCCCCGAAAAUGUGCCGACAACAACGGGGUCCGUACAGCACCCUGAAAACCUUCCAGAGCAAGCGCUCGGCGGGCAAGUCGCGCUUUGACAGGUCCGCUGUGGUCGAGGUGCCUCUGUUCGGCGACGGGCAUCACUUCACUUUUCAUCCCGAGCAGCCUCAUCAUUUCCAGCCGCACCAUCACCAUCACCACCACCAGCAGCAGCAGCAGCAGCGUCUGCAGCAGCUCCACCAAACCAGCGUCGCUAUCAGCAGCAGCCAGCAGCAUCACCCGACGCCUCAGCAGCAGCAGCAGCAGCAUCGUUUCCGAUGUGAGAACAGGCCCAGCAGCAGGGUCCCGACAUCCACCUCAGCGCCGGCGGGCAGCGUGGCGGCGGCAGCAUCUCCUGGUACCCAGCAGCGGCGCGCCAGCAGCGGCAGCGCGGAGCCCAGAUUCUCCCCUGACUGCACCUACGGGAUCAGCUCAGAGAAUCGUCUCAUCCUGGAUGCCUUUGCCCAGCAAUGUAGCCGAGUCCUCAGCCUCCUCAACAACGGCCGUCUCCUGGAGCCCUCCUCCUCCUCCUUCACCUCUAACAUCAAGCUGGAAGACGGGCCAGAGGAGGUACAGGGGCUUCACUGCUCCUCACUGGGGAAGUCCAAACCUGAAGAAAGCUCUUCCACCACAGACCCAGAAGAGGAGGCCGAACAAAGCCAUUUGAGCCAACAACAGACCUCUGCCGUUCUCCGCAUCUUCACAGACUCCCUACAGAACUAUCUGCUCUCAGGGCCUCAGCAGCAGCAACAUCUGGCUGUGGGUCUGGAGGAUGAGCAGUGUCCGUUGGCGGAGCCCGGUUCUGGGGUGUCUCCUCCGAGACACAACCUGGGGGGCUGGGGUUCGCCGACUCCGUCAGAGUCGUACGGCCACCCAUCAUCCACGCUGCCUGAGGAAGAAGAGGAGGAGGAGAACUGCUGUCCGCGCUGCCUGGAGUUGGAGCAGGAGGUGCUGUCUCUGCAGCAGGAGAACGAGGAGCUCCGCAACAAGCUGGAGAACAUCCCAGUUCCCUGUCAAAAUGCUCUUGACUACUUCAAGACUGUUCUUGAGUUUCAUAACCAGCUGGUGCAGCCGAUGCCAGAGGAGCAGCUCACCGAGGAAGAAGAACGGCAAACAGUCUUUGAGGGCAGCAAACAGCUCCUGGAGAACUAUCCUCUCUUCAUCACUAAUAAGCAGUGGGAUGAAGCCGUCAACUCCUCUAAGAAAGAUGGCAGACGGCUGCUGCGCUACCUGAUUCGCUACGUCUUCACCACUGACGAGCUCAAGUUCUCCUGCGGUUUGGGCAAAAGGAAGCGUUCAGUCCACUCAGGAGAUCCAGGCUUGGAGAGACGGCCGCUAAACCCCGUCAAAGUCAGCUGCCUCAGAGAGUUCAUCCGGAUGCACUGUGCCUCAAACCCAGACUGGUGGAUGCCCUCAGAGGAGCAGAUCAACAAAGUGUUCAGCGAUGCCGUCGGUCACGCUCGUCAGGGCCGAGCGGUUGGCACGUUCCUGGGCAGCAGCGGCAGCAGCACCAGCAGCCUCUACAUGGACGCCUUUGAUGGACAUCUGUCGCAGGACGAGCUGUAUUUAAAAGGAUGCCAGAACGGCCAAUCGGACUGAAGUUGAAAGGAGGAAUUAAAAAGACAAAUGCCGGAAAUGUAGCUGUACAACAACAUAUCCCAAAACACUGACCUUAUCCUGUCACUUUACAAAGUGAAGAAAACAUUCCAGAAGUUUAUCAAACAGAAUAUAACACAGUCACUCUGAAGCAGUUUCUCUUUUUAGUUUUCUAGCUUUUUUUGCCAUUUUUAUACCUACAACUUUGUUUAGUCAAAAUUUGACUCCAAACGGGUGUUUUAAACACAAUAUUUGAGUCUUCCAUUUGCUACCUUUUCUAUGGUUUGUUGUUUUGAUCGUUAUGUCACUAUCAGUGGAAUAUUUCUGUUUGUUCUGUGUUUUGGGAUGGAGUCCCAGUGAAUGUUUUCACACUUAACAUGCAUACCUUAAUCAGGAAGCUAUUUGUGUUAAUGUUGCCCAAGUUAGAGACUUAUUACAGCCAUCACACACCCUCCAUCACGGAAAGUAGCAUUUAAUAUGUUUCUGCAAAAUUCUGCAUCAUUGGCGAAGCACCUUUACUUGCAACCCCUCUACAGGAGUGCCUCUGAGAAUGUCAUGUUUUGUUACCUGUAGUCUUGCACUUUGCAUCCCCGUUUUUUCUUAAUUUAAAUUUAUUCUGAUGUUUUAUUAAGUGAACUCAAACACAAAGUCUUUCCAAUGUGCUCAAAUGCAGCUUCACUUGGGUUGAAAGAAGUUUUGGUCAAAGCUGGUCCUGGUUUCAAUUUCCUACAGCAGAUUUCAGGAUAUGAAAAAAAUAAAAUGUGUGUAAUUAGGCACACAGACAGCCACAGUGUUGUAUUCACAACUCUUUAAAACAGACUAAUUACAUAAUUGUAAUUACUUUCCAGUACAACUUCCACCAAAGUCAAGUUUGAUAACUGGCCCUGCAAAUGUUUUUACACCUGCAAAGGUUUCACAGGUCGCCUAAAUGUGUUUGAAAUAUUAUAAGGCAGCAAUAUAAUGCUGAUAUUUGUUCUUAUAUGUUAUUCUAAUUAUUAAAAUGCAGAUUUGCAGAAAAAAACAACACAAGGGAAAAACAAUCAAUAAGAUAUUUUCUCCAUCACUGAUUAUUUUAUUCAUCCUGAUGCAAAAAGUCUGGUAUAAAUCCAACUACAAGGUAAUCUGUUGCAUUUUACAUUACAGACUUUUUAACUCUGGAUGAAUGAACAGUAUGUCUUUUUAUUUAAAGCAGUUGCCACAUAAUAAUGCCUUAAACCCGAUUCCAGACCUCCACAGCAUAAAGUGUUGAUGCUUUGUGUGUUUUGAAUCAUGUAAUCACAGAAAUUACAGAAAAUAUCCAUUUCUAAAAAAUGCUGUUGACCCAAGUGGAGAAAAUCGAGCACUUCUUUCUCUCUGAAGCUCUUAUUUGCACUUUUAUGUGUCUCACUGUGGCUAAAGCCAUGCCCCAGUAAGGAGUCUUUGAACAGAAUUUAAUCAUUUUUAUUCUUUGACUGUUUUUACAGUACUCAGUAACUUCACUUCAUGACACUGUUUUCUACGUUUGAAUGUACCAGAUUUAUUAGGUCAGUUUGCCACGUCAACAGUGCUGUGUAAAUGUGUAAUAUAAAGUACAGUAUUGUGUGAGGUGUUCUUGAAAUACCACGUCUCUCUCUUAAAAAGCCAAGUAGAAAAGUGCCACAGAAACCUUAAACAGUUGGAUUCUGUCGUUGUGUUGCUGUUCUGAAUGUGAGCGUUUAUUUGUAUUUACUCCUUUACCCUCAAAGUGGCUGUUAUCAACACUGUGAAACAUCAGUAGGAUUUUUACAAAUCUAAUAGCUUCUGUUGUUUUUUAUUUAUAAUAAAUAAAAUAAGCACCGAAGCUGAAAACUUA